UUUCAUUUUCUUUAUUUUUACCUUCCAUCGCCCUUUGUUUUAGUUCACGCAGUUCCUCCCGCCUGUUUAAAUUCUCAAUACUUUAUUUUUGCGCCUUUUCCCUCAAUUUAUAUUUCGUGAUUUGUUCCUUGCCGAAUUUCGGAUAUCAAAUUCGAAUCAGGAUAUUUGAUCUAUUUUGGAGUUCUUGAUCCAACAUGUUCUUCUUCUGCCAACUUUGAUCAAUCAGUCUUUUUUUCAGGGGUUUACAGUGUUGAUUAUGUCCGAUAUGGACCAGUUCAGUUUAAUCGAUAACAAUGGUUUAAUCGAUAACAAUGGCGUCAAUGAUCAGUCGAUUCAAUCACCCCAAACUAUGCCGAUAGGGGAGAUGCCGAACAUGCAAUUGCCGUACACUGAUGAUACAUCCACGGUGUAUAAGCCUUUGAUGCCAGGAACUUCGCCGCCACCACUAUCUUCUCCAGCACAGGUUUACCAACCUGUUGGAGAUGACUCUACUUUGCCUGACCCAGAUACUAGCAUCCCCGUCUCUACCGAUCAGGCCAAGCGAAAGCGUGGGAGGCCGAGGAAAUAUGCUCUUGAUGGAUCCGCAGUUCCCGGCGCCGGAUCUUCUGAUCCCACUGUCAAGCAACAGGCCGUUAUUGGAUCCGGCGGUUUACCGUCCCCUUCUACUGGGAAGAAAAGGGGCCGGCCACUUGGGUCAGGACGUAAACAUCUUCAAGCUUUAGGAGGCAUACCACCAUCAUCAUCAUCAUCAUUAUCAUCAUUAUCAGGCAGGGGUAGUGGGUUUACGGCUCAUGUAAUCAUAGUUGAAGCAGGAGAGGACAUAGCUUCAAAGAUAUUGUCGUUUGCUGAAAGUGGGUUGCAAGCUCUGUGUGUCAUCACAGCAACUGGCGCAGUAUCGAACGUGACAAUUCGUCAAAAUUCUUCUACACCUAGUGUAACUGUGUCAUAUGAGGGGAGAUUUGAGAUAGUGACUCUUUCAGGGUCAUACAUAGUUUCAGAAAUUGGUGGUCAGCGUAACACAAGUGGGGGUUUAAGUACACUGUUAGCUGGGUCUGAUGGUCAUGUUUUGGGUGGUUGCAUAGCGGGACAUCUUAUUGCAGCAUCCACAGUACAGAUUGUUGUUGGGUGUUUCAUUCCAAAGAAAGAAUACCCUUGGAAGCAAGCAAGGCAAAGUAUAGCUGCUGCUGCUGCUGGUGGAAGCUCAACUUCGCGUGGAACUAUGAGCGAAUGCUCGGGUGGUGGGCCUGGAAGUCCACUUAAUCAGACUAGUGUUGGUGGUGGUGGUGUUGUUGGUGGACCGGAAGCUCCAGCAUGGCAUCAUAAUCAUCAUCUUCAUGAUGGAAAUAGAGAGGAGCAACAGCACCCUUGGUAGACAACUCUCAACUUUUUAAAGAAAAGAAGAAAGAAGAAGCAUCCAUUUCCAGCCAAAAAAAACUUUAAUGCCUUAGAUGAUGAUGAUAGAUAUAUAUAUCUUUUAAUUUGCUUUGGCUAACUUUAUUUUGCAAGUAUCUCUCUCUCUCUCUCAAUUGUUGUCCAGAUUUUUUCUUUAAGAUUUUAGAUUAGAACUAUUUACAAUUUUCUCUAUUCAAUUCAAGAAAGUUAAUAUCA